GUACACAUUGCGGUGCACGUAUGUGAAUGUGCCGUAGCAGCAGCAAGCAACCAAAUGUGCGCGUCGUCGUCACCGCAUACCGUCGCAUCCGCUGCAAACACACACUGAUCGCCCGCGCUGCGCUGCGUUCGUCAAUCUAUCCUUGUCCCACUCUAUGCAUUCGCCAUUCAUUCCAUACAAUUUCGUAUAUGGCCAACAUCAGUUCGAGUCCGCUGUUCAUAUCGUACGGAUCGCUUUAGUUUUUUCUUGUGUUCAGUCCAUUUUCUGUUGAAACUACUACUAGUAAAAAGAGAACAAUUGAAGUGGAAAAAAACCUCAGCAAAAAAGAACUGAAAUAGCAAAAUAAAAACCCAGAGUAAUUCACAUCGAAUUUGUUUAAUAUUCUAUCGCGAAUUGUUUUUACAAAUUUUAUUGAUUUAAACAAACUAUUGUUGACACUUAUUUGUACAUCAAUUACCAUAUGAAAUUCUAUAAACAAUUGGAACUAAGGAGAACACAAGAAUCAACAUUAAUAUUGUGAACUAAGCAAAAAAGAAAAGAACGAAACUAUUUUGUCCUGUUGAAAUGGAAAAUGUGAAAAGAGCAAAAAGCAAAGCAAAACAAAUAAAAUAGAACACCAUUUCGUGCACUGAAAAUAAUUUCCGAGUGAAUCAAUUUCGACGUUGAAUGAGAAUCAAGUGCGACGACGAUUCAUGAUCAGUAGUGACUCUGUGUGCUGCCCUCAAAACAUAAACAAACGACAAAAAUUCAAUCACAAAUGCUUUGAAUGAGCCGAACAAAAAAAAAAAAAAAGAGAUCACAAAGUGAGGUCUAUUUUUAUAUUUUACCAAUUUCGAUUUGUACACUGUUGUUGCUGCAGUGUGUGAGUGUUUGAUCAUCAUCGACGACGACGUUUUCUGUUCAACUUGAUGUGCAUGUGUGUGAGUGAGUGUGAUCUAGUUCGAAUGUAUAUACAAGUGCGUUGACAAAGAUUUAAUGUGAGUGAUUUGCAAUCUAUUGUUUAUUGCGCACUUCGAUCAAUCAAAAUCUGUAUAUCAACUUAACAAGAGAGAAAAAAGUGUAGGGAAUUUUCAAUUGGGAUACUACCUAGUGUAAUUGCAAAUCCAAGUAUCGACAAAAUCGCCCCAAAUAUUCGUGUAUGUGUGACACUAUGAAACAUAGAAAGCGAAACAUUGUCGUCGUUAGUAACGAUUUCAUUAAUGAACUGCCUUUGUUUCGCAAAAUUUUUGUGAAGUGAGACACAAAGAGAGCAUACUUUUUCUCGAUCACGGCGGGCUCGAUUCACACAUAGAUAUAUAUAUAUAUAUUGAACCGAAACACAGAAGGGUUUUCAUACACAGUGCAUCGUUUUGUUUGAAAAGAAAAGAAAAAAAUUCCAACUACCUCGACUGCCUAAUGGAUUUUUCUAAUUAAAUUAUGUGUGCUACCAUUCGACGACGACCACGACGAUUCGGUGCAUAAAUUUGAUUUUUGCAUAGAACUCAUUUUCGUUCGUGCAUGUAUGUGUAAGCAAGCGUGAGGCCAGUGUUUAUAAAUGCAACAAACACACACAGUGCUCUUUCCAUACUCUGUUAAAUGCUGAUCCAAAUACAGAUUGUGCUGCCGCAUCGUUAUGAUGACGUUAAUGACAAAUAAAUUCCAGCAAUUUACGGCAUCGCAAGCGAAAUUAUCGGCAGUGGUUUCGUUAUUUUGGACGGCUAUUGAAAUUUUUUGAACAUGUGAAAACCAUUAACAAUUUACCAGAAGAAAAAAAAUUCUAUAUCUGCCUUUUAUUUGUUUACGUUUUUUUUAUGCAAGAGAAGAAGAAAAAAAAGAGAAGUGUUUUCCUCCCAAAAAUUGAAAAGAAAGUUUAUUUCGGGUUAUUUUAUGUGUGAGUGACGAUUUGUAUUUAUCCUAAAAAAAAACAACCACUAGCAGUGCCCCAAGUUGACGAAAAGGAAAUCAUUACACAAUCUCACCACAUUUUCAGAGAAUAUUAAAUUGUGCAAUUGGAUUAAAUUUACUCAACCAAAGUGUAUGCGUGUAUGUGUAUUUUAUGUUUGAACGAGAAAAAGAAAAGAAACUGAUCGAUUCGAAGAAUUUCUUUUUCAUUCGUCAUUCGUUUUGUUGUGAGUGCAUUUGAUAACUCAAUAUAACCAAAGAUUUUAUGUGCCCAUGUCGAUCGCUGUCAAUCGCGAUAGAUUUUGAAAUAUUUGAAUUUCUGCAAAAAGUCGAACGAAAACAAUAAAAAAAAACUGUUGGCGCCACACAGGCCCUAUCAAUUCUCUCUUGUUUACAGUGAUUGUUGCAUUUAAGUGCGUGUGAACCUCGACCAAAAAAAAAUCCAUUUACUGGAACAAAGAUUAACAUUGACUUGAUUAUUUUUGGGGAAAUCGAGAAUUUUUGUGGAUUUUUCUUCAAUCGUUGAAAUUAAUCGCAAAGCAAAGACAAAAUACAAAUUUGAGCCAAAUUUGUAAACGGGUGUGAAUGUGUGUGGUGUAAUAAAGUCGAAACAAACGCGAAUCAAGAAAUUUUUCUUUUGGAAUUGGUUAAAAUUAUUCCUUCAAAAUUUGGGAUUACCUUUCAGAUCUGGUGGCUGGGGUAUCAGCGACCACGGAGCAGCAAUCGGCUCCGCCAGCUUUAAUCCAGGGUGGCACAUCCCUGCGGCUUGCUGAUGAGCAUCACAUGUCCAUUACCGCUACUGAAAAUGCAGGGCUUGGGCCUUGUGAACUUCCACUUCCCGAUCAGUGGCUAUCGCAUACAUCAGCAUCACAUCUAUCGCAACAGUCCAUAAAUCCGUUGUUGCUAUCGCCACGUGCUGCUAAUAACAAUAAUAAUAUCAACACAAACAACAACAAUAUAACGAAUAACAACAAUUUCAGCAUACCGCAACAACAGACACAAGUGCAACAACAAUCACCGAAUAAUCAACAAAUUAAUCAGAAUUCUUCGAAUCAGACGAAAAUAAUGAACGCGGUCGCAUCGGCAGUGGCAUGUCCACCAGCUGCAUCGAAAAAAAUUCGAAGACGCCCAGAAAAUAAGCCACAAUCACAAAUCAAUAAGUGUAAUAAUGAAAAACGUCGACGCGAGCAAGAAAAUGAAUACAUCGAACAAUUGGGCGAAUUUAUUCACAUUAAUAAACGGGACAUGAAUGCUCCCAAACCCGACAAAGCAGCUAUUUUAAAUGAAGUUGUAAAACACUAUAAUAAACUCUGUGAAAAGAACAAUCGCAAGUGCUCACCAACUUGUUCCGAUUCAUGCACAAUCCAUCCGGUGCAACAAGGGGACGUCUCAUCAACAGAAUCACAUUUACCCGAAUCGUCAUUGAACGGUUCGCCAAAUCCAGAUAUUUUAGCUCAAUUCAGAGCACUUGAACACUAUAUAUCGACAUUCGGUUGGGCAUUGAUCCAAAUCAAUUCGGACGGUAUCAUUGAAACGGUUACGGAAAAUAUCAAAGAACUGAUCAAUUUCACAUCGACCGAUUUGCUAAAGCAACCAAUCUAUUCGUACCUGCAUCCCGGCGACCAUGCCAAAUUGAGUCCAUUGCUGAAUAAUAUGUCAUUUCAAUUGAACAGCUGGGAACGACAAGAUGAUGGUCAGUCGGCACAAAGUAAACGCAACAUACAGAAACGUAUUCGUAUGUUGGUAAAGCAUCAAGAAAGUGGCACUGAAACAAUGGAACAGAAGCAACAACGUCAAGAUAAAUAUGAAGAAGUUGUUAUGUAUGCAGCAGCACCAUUUAACAAAGAAAACGGCGAUGAUAGUUCACCAGUUUUGUGUUUGAUCGCACGACCCGAGGACGAACCAUCGAUUGAAUCAACGAUGCAACAGCAGCAACAGCAACAACAGCAAAUACAAACAAACCAAUUAGAACAAUUAACAUUUCGUCUAGACACAUCGGGCAGUAUAUUGAAAGUGAAUCACGAAAAAUUGCGAAAAUCAUAUGCGCAAUCACUAACCAAAGAAAAUUGCCGAACCAUUCAAGAUAUCACACAUAUUCAGGAUUUGCCGCGAUUACAGAGUCAUCUGUCGGAAGUGAUACAGACAAAAACGGCCCAAUCGGCGCCGUAUCGCAUUCGAUUUGGCCAAGACGUGUACGUGUAUGUGAAGGCAUUUUCACAAUUCUUUCCGAAUAGCAAGCCAAACGAGUGUGAUUUCAUUAUGUCAAUCAAUACACUGAUCACCGAAGCCGAGCUGGCCAAUUUUGAUACACAAAGCGUCAAUAAAACGACAACAAUGUCACUUCCAAGCACGAGUCAAGUGAAUUCACACAAUUCAAACAUGGGCGGCCCAUUAAUGACAAGCGUUAUGAAUGGCUCGAGUAUCGUAUCGCAAAUGCAAAAUCCACUAAAUGACACGGGUCUACAAGAUUCGUCACGAUGCGACACAAUUUUCACAUCGGAUUCGUUUGAAUUUCCGUUCACUGAUUCAUUCGAUAUGGAAUCGGUUGGCGUUGCAUGGGAUUCAAGGCCGGACUCACGAGCGAGUGUUACACCGGUUAGCACACCUCGGCCAGCCUCCGAAUUCAGCCCGGUUGCAACCGUAUGCCAGUCACCAUUGACUGGCUAUCACGCCUCACAACCGAGCCCACUACAGAACCACAACAAUAACAACAACAACACGAAUAACAAUAACAAUAAUAUGUUGUACAAUAACAACAAUCACAUGCCGAAGGCGCCUACAACAGUAUCUCAUAUGACGACUCAUACGUCGAACAUAUGUGUCGUGUCUCCGAUAACGCAACAACAGCAGCAACAGUCGCAACAACAGCAGCAGCAAACACAACAACAACAGCAGAUUUCAUCUGCUUCACACACUUCAUCGGAACGAUUACGAAAUCUGUUGACCAAUUCGAAGCGACAGCCGAAUGCCAUUGCUCCAGGUGGUGAUAGUGAACAAGAGCAGCGUGCUGCGGCCCAUCACAAGAUUCUGAAAGGACUGCUGGAUGCUGAUGAAGAAAAAGACAAUGUGAACAAUGCAUUUGUUAACAAAAUGAAUGUUCCGAAUCAAACGCCACCACAGCAGCAACAACAGCAGCAACAGCAGCAACGGAUUGCCGGCAAUCAAAGACCCGGUGGUAGCGAUUCGAAAAACGAUAAUCCAAUGUUGAUGCAUCUUCUGAACCAUGACGAUGAUAACAUGGACGGUCGAAACAACCAGCGAAACAGCAACCAGAGUGAGCUGUUGAGACAGUUGCAGAAGGAAGAGACGCCGAAGGAUCAUCAUCACAGUAUGACGGCCAUUGGAAAUGAGGAACUUAUUCAAAUGCUCCGGUUUCAGGGCAACGAUUUUCCAAAUCGUAAACGAUCGUCAAACGAUUCCGAUGACAGUCCAUUGGCCAAACGUACCGAGGACAAACCGUCAAAACUGCGUGAAAAGAACAAAAUGUUGGCAUCACUUUUGUCGAAUCCAUCGAAAGCGCCGACCACAUUCACGACGAUUCCUGUAGUGAAAACCAUUCCUGAUAUACCUCAAUCGCGAUUACCCGAUGCGCAACGUGUAUUCCAGCAACAACCGUCACCAAAUACAACGAAAUUGACUCCACAACAGUUGAUGAGUUUGCAGCAGCAGCAGCAGCAACAACAGCAGCAAAUGAAUCAACGAACACCGGUUCAACCAGCGAAUAACCAGCAAAUGCGUAAAACAGCCACAUCGAUGAUCGGUCCAACGGCGAUUAGUCGGCCGCAAGAUUUUCACUUUGAAACUGGCACGUUUGCCACCUCAACAGCUGCAACGCCAAUCCAACCGAGCGGUGGAGAUACCGAAUUAUCAGAUAUUGUAAACAGUGUGAUCGAUAUGUUCCCGGAAUACCAGGGCAAUUUGCUGAGUGGAAUUUUGAAUCCAGAAUCAUCACCGAGUCAGCCGAGCCAACAGCCACAAAAUCAGGAAGAGAUGGCCAUCAAUGCCAUUACCAAAUCACUGAUGCAAAUCGAAAGUACCGGCGCAUUCAAUAGCAGUCCACCCGCGUAUUCAAUGCAUAACGUUAACACACAGUCUCAAGGUUUUCCUCCGCCACCAGUUUAUACACAACGAAGAAAUGCUGUCGGAAAUACGACAAACAACACAAACACCAGCUCACCGCAACCAACACCAGCCAUGCGGCUACAGUUCCAACAGCAAAUGCAACGCGACGCAAUACUUCAGCAACAGCAGAAAGAACGUUUAUUGCAACAGCAACAGAAACAAUCUCUCGUUGUGCCAGUCAAUGCAACCGCAACCGAACAAUUAUAUAUGAAUUCGGGAAUUUCAAACUAUGAUCUAUUGAACAAUGUACCGCCGAAUGUUUCACUACAACGAAGUGCGAAUGUUGUGCCUGAUACACAGUUAAGUCCCGGAUUCUCACCGAAUUUGUUGCAACAGCAACUCAGUCCACAGCAGCGGGCACCAUUUAGCCCACAACCAAAUCAAAGUAUUGGAUAUCAAUCGUUUAGCUCGAGUACUGGACAGAAUCAGAUAUCACAACAGCAACAAUUUUCUCAGGGCAACCAAACUCAGCCACAGCAAACACAACCGAAUCAACCUCAGACACCGCAAACGCAAUGGAAUACAUCAAGUCUACAAUCUCGUUUAUCAGUGCAACAGCAACAGAAUCCGAUGCUAAAUGCACAACUACAGCAAAGUGGCUAUAAUAAUGCGGCCGCCCGACAAUUCCAAGCACAACGACAGCGUUCGCUCAAUUCGCCGGUGACGCCGAAUUUGCGGCAAAAUUCAUUUUCCGAAGGUUUCACCGAACCGCCCAGUCCGACGACACAAAAUUCGUACGGUCCAAACAUGUUCAACAACCAACAGAUGCGAUUGGCACGCCAGCAAAGUAUACCGAAUGCAACGCAGCAUCUGCCUGGAUCGCCACGCUCUUAUACAGAUUCCGCAUACACGAUGAUGUACAAUAUGCAUCCGUCUGGAACAGCUAACGAUUACUAUGGUCGUACACAGGUUUAUGCACUGAAAUCGAUGUACGAAUUGGGAUUUCGAUUUGACGAGUGCAACAGUUCCAUUUUAUUUGGUAGUGUGAAUAAUACCGGACACUCGUCUGAGUUUGUGCGACGCGAACUGCGCACCAUGGUGAGCGAACGAACGAUGAACAAUGCGCGACCACCGCAAAGUCCGAUCGGACAGAAUGCGAUGAUGGGAUCGACCGCUAAUGUAACUGUCAAUAAUAAUAUCAACACUAAUUCAAACAACGUGUCAAUGUCGAUGGCUGUGCAACAGCAACAACAACAGCAGCAGCAGCAACAGCAGAUGACCAACAACUCAAUGAUGAACUCAUCGGAUAUGAACUAUUUCGAUCUACCGACACCUGGUACAACAGUUCUAGACACAAAAACCACGGCUUCUCAAUGGACUAGCGGAGAAACCGCUGCGACGAGGUCGAAUAUUUCGGAGGAGCCACAAAUCGGUGACCCUAAAAACUCAUCGCUCCUGCUACAGAAACUGUUGUCUGACUAAAGAAAAAAAAAAUCGCAAUUGAAAGUGACCUAAAAAGCUGAACGAGCCGCUCUCCUGUACAUCAAAAAAAUUGAAGAAUUUAACUGGCUUGCGUUCAGUGAACAAACGAAAAAAAACACAAGAAAAAAAAACAAAAUCUACGAUGCAGAUGAAAUAUGCCUGUUGUGGUUAAAUCUUGCAAUAUCGUGACCCAUGUAAAGAAAAAUUGAGAAACAAACAAACUGAAAUAGGGAAUGGCGAUGAAAUUUCGGGACGUCGUGGGAAUAAGAUAAAAAAAAAAACAAUUGAAUAAAUGUGAUGUGAUGUUGAUGUCUUAAGUUUUAUGUAAAUAUGUAUUAAAAACAUAUGUGUAAAGUAUAAACAAAAAAAACAAAAUGUAUAGAAAAGUUGUGCAUGUGGCAUGAAGCGAUACGAGCCCGUAUCCAGAGGAGAAAAUUGUGCAAAGAAAUAUCUUUGACUUUGAAAUGAAAGGAAGAAACCAUUAAACGAAACUAAAAGAAACACAGAAAAAAAAAAUCUAAAAAAAAAAGUUAGUUGAAAAAUCACUUUGUAAAUUAAUAUAAAAAGAGGAAAAGUUUUAAAACAACAAUUGAUCAUUUAAUCACUAUUUUUUAUGUUACAUAGUUUUCUUUGCCGACGCAUAAAUGAAAAAAAAAACAACUCUAGAUCUAAACGCUAAGUAUAACAUAUAUUAAAUAAUGAUAAUAUAUUGUAUCGAAAACAAAAAAGCAGAAAACACAUGCAUGAUUUAAGAGAACCUACAAACCUCUUCGCAACAGAUUGAAAAUGUUUAAGAAACAAGAAAUGACAUUUGAGAACACACAAACAAGUUCAAAUUUGAAUGAUUUAUUCACACACACACGUAUAUAAAUGAAUGAAAAAUACAAAACAAGCAUCCAUUUCAUGUUGGCAGAAACAAAAAAAACACACACACAGAGACACUGAAAUGGCGAUAAAGUUUAUAUUUAAGAAGAAAAUGAAAUACCUGUUUGUCUACUAGAUAUAGAGAAUCCAAAACAACAACAAAAUAUGCAAGCGCCUGACAUUUCAAUGUCAUGCCGCGUUGCAGAACAAGGAAGAAAAUUUAACUGAAAAUAGAAAAUACCUCUAUUGCAGUUCAAAGUUAAGUAAACAAAUGGCAAGAAAAAUUGAAUGAAAAGAAGAAAGAAAAUUUAUUAUUAUUAAAACAAAAAAAAGAAAAGAAAACUAAUUUAAAUGUAUGUAUACACUAUACAGUAACAAUUUAAUGUUUAUCUAUAAAAAAAAAACAAAAAAAAAGAGAGAAAAAAACAUUUAAACUAUGCAUUAUCUAUUCUUUAUAUAGAUACACAGAUCACACACACACACAAGAUGGAUGAAAAACGUUUAAAAUUAAAUAUUUAACGACAUUUGAAUGUAUUUCAACGAGAAAAAUCUAUUUGACGUGCGAAAGAGUUUUGAUACAUCAAAAUCUCCGGAUCAGUCUGUGAAGAAAGGCAAAACCCAAAAUGGAUUGGUCGAACAAAAAGAGACGCAAUUGAAAAGGCUGAAUUGGGAAUGUGUGUAACUGAUCUAUCUAUAUACCGUUUUGGUACGAUUUGAUGCCCGUUGAUAUUUUGUUGAUUCUUGAAAACCCGCUUUCACGCAUCUCAACCCAUCCGCACGAUGGACGAAAUGUCUGCCUCUCUGAUGGAAAGCAUAGGAUUAUCCAACUAAGAUAUUUACAUACACACACACACACACACCCACACACACUAUUUUGAAAGCUCCGAUUUGUUGCGGCGACUAUUUUAUUUUUGUGUUUAAUCGAUCACAAAAAUCAAGCGGUUCAUCCAUCGAACGUUUGUUUUUUCCUCUUUGAAUCGAGUAUCUCUGUGGUAUAAUGAAGUUUGUUUAAAUGUUUUUUUUUAAUGUUUAGUUUUUUUUUUUUCUCUUUCUUCUUUUUCAAAUAAUGUUUUAUGGUAUAAAAAUGCUAGACAUGUAAGCUCAUUGAAUUUUAAACAGCAAACAAUAGAUGUUAGGCAUGUAAACCGGUUGGAAGAGGCGACUUUUUUCACGAUAGAAAAUAUGCCUGUUUGCAGAGUGUGAAUCGAUUGAUUGAAUGAAUGAUGAUGAUGAUGAUGGCAAACCGAUGAAACAAACCCAACUGUACAUUAUAUUGACGUAGUAGUUUUUUUUUUCUUCCUCCUACCCACUUCUUCUUUGUCUUUCUUUAUAAUAAUUCGUUUAUUUUCCUUCACUUCGUUUGAAAUGAUGACAAUUUUAAUUAUAAAUUUUGUGAUAUGAUAUUUAUUAACCGAUAGAAGAAAAAUGCAAACAAGUUUUGUUGAAUUAUGUUUUUUUUUUGUCUUCUGAGAGAGUGGAUGGAUGAAUGAGUGAGCAUGCAUGGUGUCCGCUUGCAUUGCUGCACCACCACCGCCACAUCAAUGAUGAUGCCGCCGCCGCCCGCCAACUUCUUGAACAAUUAUAACUUUUAUUUUCCGUUUUUUACCCAAUUCCGUUGCUGUUAUUUACUGAACCAACCCCUUUCAACCACCAUAGAGUCUUUUUUUUUUCUUCAUAUUUUUAAACUUAACUCUGAUCAAUAGCCUAUCCAUUCUUUUCUGUUUAUUUUUUUCUUUUAUUUUAAAUAUUUUUUUUUCUGUUUUACAAUUCAAUAUUUUCAAUUUGUUACCAUAUAUUUUCCGUGCUUAAUCUUUACUCGAUUUUUCGUGUUUAACUUUUACUCAUUUUUUUCUCUCGUUCUUCGUUUGAUUCAAUGCCCGAUUGAUUGCUUCAUUUUAUUGUCCUCCCACUUCCACAACACUGUUCAUUUAUGUGCAAUUUCAUUUGAAUGCAAUUUCAAAUCCCUGAUAGAUUGAAAUAGAAACAGUACGAAAUGUAUAAAAAUCAACAAACAAAACGGUUUCGCCUGUGUUCGUAUUCGAACGAACAAUGCAAUAGAUUAAAAUAUCCAAACUCAAAUGAACGAAAGAAGUAAAUAAGCCCCUCAAAUACAAAUCAACUGUUAAAAAUGCCGAGAGAGAAAACACAAGCAAAUUAAUGUUAUCAUUUGAGGAAUAAAUAAAGAAAAAAAUCAUACAAAUUGAUUAGGUUUAGUAGAGUUGUUGUUGGUAUUCGGAAUGCAGAUGGUUGUGGUGUGAUGAUUGCUUUUGAUUGUUUGUUAGAGACCAUUGACACCUUGUUGUUAGAGAGAAAAAAAAUAACCAUUUUAUUGUGUGUAUACAGAAUGACAAGAGGAAAACAAAGAAGAAACAAAUGAAAAAAAAAAAUGAAUGAAAAUUAAAACGUACAAUUCGAGCGGCCAACGGAAAGACAAAGAAAAUUGAGCUCGAUUUAUUUUUCGGCUUUUGGAAUGUGAUAUAGUAAGAAAAAGGCGGUUUUCUCUGUGUUUCUCUUUUUCAUGUCAGACCAAAAAAGAAACAAACACACACACGCAGCACACAAAUGAAAUGAUACGAAUCAUCGCGACAUCAAAUAUCGCAGGAGAUGCUGACACAAAGAAGAAAUAUCUGUUGAAAAAUUGCAUGUUUAGAAAAGAAUAUCUAUUGCACCGAAAGAAAUAAAACAAACAGAGAGAAUAUAUUUUGUAAUAAGCCUCAAAAUGAAUUUAUGGACAGCAUAAGAAAGAAGUGAACUUGUUUUUUUUCCGGCAAACAAUCCAAAAUUUUUUUUUUGAAAAGAUUCAGCACUUUUUGGGAAAUGAUCUUUUUUUUUCUCUCUCUAUUUAAAAAAAAAAUUCUUUUUGCACCCAGAGACAGAACGGAAAUCAAGCAAACAGCCGAGCAUUGGCACUCAUUUUGUAUUUUGUAACAUUUAUGAAUGAUUUGCUUCUUCUUUUUUUUUUAAAUCGAAUUCAUUCAUUGGCAAAAUUGAUUUUUCUUACCACUCACACUAUUUGAUACAUACACAUUUUUGAAAAACCCCGCUCCCUCGCGCAACUUGUUCUAAUACUGAGAAAUACAAAUUUGAAGAGAAAAAAAACAAAUGAAACAAACAAAACCUAUAUAUCUACAUUUGGUGGUGUGUAACAUAGCGGUUUAGAUUUAGAAACAUUACAAGUAUACAUACAUUAUAUUACAUUUAAUAGAGUUAAUGCUAUAUAAAUGAGAGAAAAAUGAUGAAACAAGAGGAAAUAAAAAUUAUUGAGAGAAGAAAAAAAUUACAAACACACACACACACACAUCUAAACAAAUGCUAUAUUUAAUGAUAAUAAAAUUUAAAAAGAAACAAAAAAAACCAUAUAUGAAUCUAUUUUGUAAUUAAUAAUUGAUGAAAUAAAACAAGUUGAAAUUCA